CUCAGAUCAAAGAAACAAAAACACAAUUUCAUUUUCGAUCUCAAUUUUCACCCCAUCUAGCAUCAUACCCAGAUCACAAAUCUUCCAUAUUCAAUCAAACAAUGAAUCAAUCAUCAACGGUCAUACACAGAUUAAUCAUAUAACUUCAUGCAUGUUGAAUUGGUUAGUACAUUGUGACAAUGUCGAAUUUGUACGGUGAUUACAACCUGAAGAUCGAUUACGUUUUCAAGGUUGUAUUGAUCGGUGAUUCCGCAGUUGGAAAAACUCAACUACUCGCUCGUUUUGCAAGGAACGAAUUUAGCGUUGAUUCUAAGGCCACGAUUGGGGUGGAAUUUCAAACCAAAACUUUGAUUAUUGAUAAUAAAACUAUUAAGGCUCAGAUAUGGGAUACUGCUGGUCAAGAAAGGUACAGGGCAGUUACUAGUGCAUAUUAUCGAGGCGCAGUUGGGGCAAUGAUAGUUUACGAUAUGACAAAGCGUCAAUCGUUCGACCACUUGGCAAGAUGGUUGGAUGAAUUAAGAGGUCACGCCGACAAAAACAUUGUCAUCAUGCUAAUCGGCAACAAAUGCGAUCUCUCUAGUCUUAGAGCAGUUCCAACAGAAGACGCAGAGGAGUUUGCACAAAGAGAGAAUCUCUUCUUUAUGGAGACCUCGGCACUAGAAUCGACCAACGUUGAAACUUGUUUUUUAACUAUAUUAACCGAGAUAUACAGAAUCAACGCGAAGAAAACACUCAGUUCCAAUGGUGAUGUGGAACAAAAUACCGCAGGACUUAUGAAGGGAAGUAGGAUAAUUGUUCCUGGUAAUGAAAUGAAUGGAGCAAAAAAGGGUUGUUGUUUUGCAACUUAGGUUUUUUUGUAUAAUUUGAUUCUUCUUGGGAAGCAAUGCAUGUUCUUGACUUAAGUUUUGCGUUGCUAUGAGAUUUUGUAGAGAGGGUAAUUACUUUUCUGUGAUUUUUCCAUUAGGUUUUAGCCAAA